GCUUCUAGUCCGUCUUCCAGGCAUGCUUCACAUCAAGAGCGUAAGAAGGCAAAACUUCCUGUGGCUUCUAGUCCAGAAGUUCUUCAUUCGCAACCCGCACAACCUACCAGAUUGUCUGUUACUUUCGGACGAGCGGGUGGAGAACGUAGUGUCGCUAUGGGGAGGGGUAUGACCAUAGAUUACCCCAAACCACUUCAUCAAGAAAGGCGUGCGGCUCCUCCACCUGCUACAAGCUGGAAGAAACAGAGGACAGAAGAUACAUUGCUCAAAGUCAGGAAAGCGACAGAAGAGAAAAGAUCUACAGGGAAAAGGCGGCCUAACAAAAGGAUGAACGUUAAAUGCUGGGUGCCAAACUGUUUGGAACCAGCCCAGUAUAUAAAGGUUCAUGCCUUUAAGCAUCAUGUCCCUGGGAUCUUCGAUGAAAGGCUACAACCUGACGAUGAGUGGGUAUUGCGGGGAAGAAGGAACGCUCUAAUCCAAGCAGCCAGGUGGCUUUUGGUAAAACCAGCAGCAUCCCUUGAUGAGUUGAUGUCAUUUGUUAGGAUUCAGAAACUGUUAUUAUCAACAGGAGAUACAGUGGUGUCAUCAACUCAGAUGGAAGCUAUGCAGGCUUUCUGUGGGUUUCUUAAGUCACCCAUUCCGAAGGAAUUUAUUUUGGAGCCCAUCAACUCACCAGGUGCUCUAAUCCAUUGGAAGGUACUUCUUUUAGUCGCAGCAAGUUUAAAUGCUGAAGAAAGGGAGUACUGGAAGACUAGCUUUCCUAUUCCAGAGGGCAUGGUGAUUGAUGAGCCUGAAGAGGAACCCGCUGAAAUAUUACCAGAAGCCUAUGACAGUCAUUUCCACCUGGACAGGACUUUGCGAGAACUGAAUCUUCCUUCAUCAGGUACAUUAGAAGAUAUUCUAGCAAAGGUUCCUGUUGAUCAUGACAAAAGGAUCAAGUUGGUAGGAUAAGUUGCCGUCUUCUGUGAUCCAAGGACGUAUCCUUCUGAGCGGAGCCUUCUAGGCCUGCCAGGGGAUAUGAAAGUUGCUGUCGGUUUCCAUCCAAGACAUGCUAAGCAAGGACAUCGGGAAAGACAAGAGGGUCUUGAACGUCUGUUCAACCUCCUACAGCUCCAAAGAGUGACAGUUCUUGGAGAAAUUGGACUGGAUCAUACAGAGCCAAUGAAGUAUUGGCACUAUCAGGUGGAAUUGAUUGAAGCGAUACUGCCCAAGUUGGAAGAACGACAUGUACUGGUUAUUCAUUGUCGUGGAAUAGAGUGUGACUGUGGUACAGAAGCAUAUUUACUUCUUCUACAUGUUCUAAAGAAGUACGUUAGAUCACGUCACCCUAUACAUCUACAUUGUUUCACCUGCAUGUGAUUUUAGACCGGCUAUAAGUAAACUCGUAUCAUCUGAAUGGAAAGCAAACUGGGACAAUGCCGUUUUUAAUAAACUUCGCGAUAUAAACCCAUCUCUUGAUGUGUCACCAUCUCUAUCUCUGUCGAACCGCCGUGAUCAAACAGUUCUUCUUCGAUGCCGAAUUGGACACA